AUGAAGGAGUUUCUAAAAGGGUUUCCCCUUUGGCAGAUGACCGUUAUCUGUAUCAUUCGAUUUUCAGAGCCAAUCACUUUCACGUCAUUAUUUCCUUAUGUUUACUUCAUGAUUCGGGACUUUGGCAUUGCCAAAACGCCAUCUGAUAUCUCCAAAUAUACCGGAAUGUUGGCAGCGUCUUUUGCUUUGGCCCAGUUCUUUUGUUGUAUUCACUGGGGUCGUCUCAGCGAUCGCAUCGGCCGAAAACCAGUCCUUCUCAUUGGACUCUGUGGACUGGCUGUCACCAUCACCAUUUUUGGGUUUGCUAAGAACUUUUAUGUAGCUUUAGCAGCCCGUACUUGCGCAGGCGCCUUGAACGGAAAUGUUGCGGUGUUACAAACAGUUGUAGGAGAGCUGGUGACGGAGAGAAGACACCAAAGUAUUGCGUUUGCAACUUUGCCUCUUUUGUGGAAUGUCGGAAGUGUAAUCGGGCCUUUGAUCGGAGGAUCCAAGUAUUUGACUAGACCACAGAAGGACAAAGAUGUUGACCAGGUAGUGGCACUGAGCUUGGCACUGAUACACGAUGAAUUCUUGAACAAUCAUCCAUAUGCACUUUCCAAUCUCGUCGUGGCGGCUGCACUUACGUUCAGUGCAUUGGCCGGGUUCUUGUUCCUAGAGGAAACUCAACAGAGAAAUCGCAAGAAAUAUGAUUUGGGCUUGUCCAUUGGUGACUCCAUAAGAAGAUUCUUGGGCUUCGGCGUUCCUGUCAGAGAGUGGGAAAAAGUCUCUACGAGUACACGUACUGAGGAGGCUAUUCAGGAAGAUUCCCUGGCAAAUGAUGACGCUGCAAGCAUCAGCAGUGAAGCUUCUGAGUCGACAGAGCAAACAGCUCUUCUCCAUCGCCCAAUUCAAUUAGCCUCGGACGAUGAUGAGAUUGAGCCUGUGCGGUCUCAACCCGAGGGAUACCUCACACGGAGAACCUCGAGAGCCAUGAUUAGACGCUAUUCGUCUGCAUAUUCAAUCCAGCCUGUUAAUCUGCGUCUUUCUGAAUUUACUACUACUGAGAAAGUGACAGGUUUGUUCGAAGCGUUUGCCGAUCGUACAAUCUUCACGUACAGGGUUUUGGGAACCAUGAUGGGUUAUUUCUCAAUAGCCUUUCAUGCCCUUAUCUACUCUGAGUUUGUGCCUGUGUUCUUGGCAGCUCAAUUCAAGACAGAUCACUUAAAGUUCCCUUGGGAAAUCCAAGGUGGCAUGGAAUGGUCUACCGAAGACAUUGGUACUAUGUUGUCUUCCGUGGGUCUUGUUGGCUGUUUCCUGAUCCUUCUUGUAUUCCCAUUUUUGGAUAGACAUGUUCGCACGAUCAAUGGGUUUCGAUUUGCGUGUUCCAUGUUCCCAAUUGCAUAUUUCUUUCUUCCUUACUGCAUUUUUCUCACGAAACAAUACAACCCAGACUUCCCAGAAUGGUUGCACACUGUUGCUAUAUAUUCCUGUUCUAUUCUAGCCAUUUUUGGUAACUCUUUGGCUUUCCCACAAAUUACAAUUUUGGUGUUUAGAGCUACGAAGCCGGAGUACCGAGCCUUGGUCAACGCUACAACCAUGAGUGCAAAUUCGUUGGCACGAUUUAUAGCCCCAUUGGUUUGGGGUUCCUUGACCUCGUUCUUUGAUGCCCGUAGUCUCGCACAAGUUCCUUGGAAUAUUCUAUGUGGAAUAGCUGUGCUUGGCUUGGUGUUAGCUUUCAAGAUAGAUGAGUAUGACGAAGAUCUUACAGCAGGGGAAGAAAGCGAGUAA